CCUAGGGAGCGGCGGCUCUAGGUGCUGAAGGAAACAAACAAACGGAGCCCCAGCCAACUCCAAACUUGCGGUUCCUCCAUCCCUUAUCCUCCUUUCUCAACCCGGCGGUGCCGCCCGCCUAACUCCGCCGCGCUCCGCGCACUGCCUCUCCGCCCGAGGGAGGAUGAAAAUGCUCUGCUGGCGGCUGGCGCUGUGGCUGGCCGCCUGGGCUGUCUGUUGGAAGCCGUCCUCCUGCUCUGCCCUCGAUUAUGACUACACUUACGAUUUCACCGAAGAGGAUAAAGCCGAGGCGAUAGAUUAUAAGGAUCCCUGCAAAGCCGCUGUCUUUUGGGGAGAUAUUGCCUUAGAUGAUGAAGACUUAAAAAUCUUUCAAAUUGACAGGACAAUUGACCUUACGCAGCACUCCAAUGAAAGACUUGGCCAUAACACAGGUGGCUUUGGAGAGCAUGGGAUGUCAAAAAAGCGAGGUGCCCUCUAUCAGCUUAUAGAAAGGAUAAGAAGAUUUGGCUCUGGCUUGGAGCAAAAUAAUACUUCUAAAGGAAGAACCACAGUGAAAUUCUCAGGGAAAAACGAGAAGAACAGAUUUCCCAGAGCUGCUACAUCACGAACAGAGAGAAUAUGGCCAGGGGGUGUCAUUCCAUACGUAAUAGGUGGAAAUUUCACUGGCACGCAGCGCGCCAUGUUCAAACAGGCGAUGCGACACUGGGAAAAGUACACGUGUGUUACAUUUAUUGAAAGAAGUGAUGAAGAAAGUUACAUCGUAUUUACAUACCGACCUUGUGGGUGCUGUUCUUAUGUGGGUCGAAGGGGAAAUGGUCCUCAAGCUAUAUCUAUUGGCAAGAACUGUGAUAAAUUUGGUAUAGUGGUCCAUGAACUAGGUCAUGUUAUAGGCUUUUGGCAUGAACAUACACGACCAGACCGAGAUGACCACGUCACCAUCAUUAGAGAAAACAUCCAACCAGGUCAGGAAUACAACUUCUUGAAGAUGGAGCCUGGAGAGGUGAAUUCCCUUGGGGAGCCGUAUGACUUUGACAGCAUCAUGCACUAUGCCAGGAACACCUUCUCAAGGGGCAUGUUUCUGGAUACCAUUCUCCCUUCCCGUGAUGAUAAUGGUAUACGACCUGCCAUUGGCCAGCGUACCCGUCUAAGUAAAGGAGAUAUUGCACAGGCAAGAAAGCUGUAUAGAUGUCCAGCCUGUGGAGAAACACUGCAGGAAUCUACAGGCAACUUUUCUUCUCCAGGAUUUCCAAACGGUUAUCCUUCCUACACCCACUGCAUAUGGCGAAUCUCUGUGACCCCAGGGGAAAAGAUUGUUUUAAACUUCACCACGAUGGACCUGUACAAGAGCAGUCUCUGUUGGUACGACUAUAUUGAAGUAAGAGAUGGCUACUGGAGAAAAUCACCUCUGCUUGGCAGGUUUUGUGGUGACAAACUGCCAGAAGUCCUCGCGUCCUCUGACAGCAGGAUGUGGAUUGAGUUCCGUAGCAGCAGCAACUGGGUUGGAAAAGGCUUUGCAGCAGUUUAUGAAGCGAUCUGUGGAGGUGAAAUCCACAAAAACGAAGGCCAGAUCCAGUCUCCCAAUUACCCUGAUGACUACAGACCGAUGAAGGAAUGCGUGUGGAAAAUAACAGUGUCUGAAAACUACAAUGUAGGAUUAACCUUUCAAGCAUUUGAGAUUGAAAGACAUGACAACUGUGCAUAUGACUACUUGGAAAUUCGAGAUGGAAUGAAUGAAAACAGCCCUUUGAUUGGUCACUUCUGUGGCUAUGACAAGCCAGAAGACAUUAGAUCUACCUCUAAUACUCUGUGGAUGAAGUUUGUUUCCGAUGGAACGGUUAACAAAGCAGGAUUUGCAGCUAACUUUUUUAAAGAGGAAGAUGAAUGUGCCAAACCUGACAAUGGUGGCUGUGAGCAGCGCUGUGUUAACACUCUGGGCAGUUACCAGUGCGCCUGUGAUCCUGGCUAUGAACUCGGUCCUGACAAAAAGAGCUGUGAAGCUGCUUGUGGAGGACUUCUGACAAAGCUAAAUGGGACUAUAACCACACCAGGGUGGCCCAAAGAAUAUCCUCCAAACAAAAACUGUGUGUGGCAGGUGGUUGCCCCAACGCAGUACCGAAUUUCAAUGAAGUUUGAGUUUUUUGAGUUAGAAGGCAAUGAAGUGUGCAAAUACGAUUACGUGGAGAUCCGCAGUGGCCUUUCUUCUGAUUCUAAACUACACGGUAAAUUCUGCGGUACGGAAGUGCCUGAAGUUAUCACCUCACAGUACAACAACAUGCGAAUCGAGUUCAGGUCUGACAAUACAGUGUCAAAAAAAGGCUUCAAGGCACACUUCUUUUCAGACAAGGAUGAGUGUUCGAAGGACAAUGGUGGUUGCCAGCACGAGUGCAUCAACACGGUAGGAAGCUACGUUUGCCAGUGCCGGAAUGGAUUUGUGCUACAUGAAAACAAGCAUGACUGCAAGGAGGCUGAGUGUGAACAGAAGAUCCACAGUCCCAAUGGCAUCAUUACAAGUCCCAACUGGCCCGACAAGUAUCCCAGCAGAAAGGAGUGCACCUGGGAAAUCAGUGCCACCCCUGGGCAGAGGGUCAAAUUGACUUUCAAUGAAUUUGAGAUAGAACAACAUCAAGAAUGUGCCUAUGACCACUUGGAAGUGUUUGAUGGUGAAAGUGAAAAGUCGCCAAUUCUGGGACGUUUGUGUGGCAGUAAGAUACCAGAGCCUCUCAUUGCUACUGGAAACAAAAUGUUUCUCCGCUUCAUUUCUGAUGCAUCAGUUCAAAGGAAAGGCUUCCAAGCAACACACUCUACAGAGUGUGGUGGUCGGUUGAAAGCUGAAACCAAGCCCAAAGAUCUGUACUCGCAUGCUCAGUUUGGUGAUAACAACUAUCCGGUUCAGGCAGACUGUGACUGGCUCCUGGUGGCGGAGCGUGGCUAUCGAGUUGAAUUAAUGUUCCAGACUUUUGAGGUUGAAGAAGAGGCCGACUGUGGUUAUGAUUAUGUGGAGCUCUUUGAUGGUCACGAUAAGACAGCUAUGAGACUUGGUCGAUUUUGUGGUUCUGGGCCACCAGAAGAAAUCUAUUCGGCAGGGGAAACUCUUUUACUUCACUUUCACACUGAUGAUACAAUCAACAAGAAAGGAUUCCAUAUACGAUACAGAAGUAUAAAAUAUCCAGAUAGUGUGCACACCAAAAAAUAGCACAAGAACCUCUAUUCAAGAGAAGGAGAGCAAGACAAAAAAGAAUGCACAGUGGAAAGGAAGUGAUGUCUUUUUUAUUUAACUGAAGUUACUAGCACAAAUGUUUUUCUAUGAGUCCAAUUGAAAUUGAUGACUUAAAAGACCAGAGACAAAAAAAUAAAUACCUAUCCCCGUGGAAUACAUGAGACGGUGAUGUGCAGGCUCCAUACUUGACUGUCUCUGCAAAGGAGGUGAAAGGACUUUGCACACUUCCAGGAGAAUAUGAAAGCUUUUGCUCGUGGUUUGACAUUUGUCAUAGAUAAGUGAACAUUCAACUAUGUUCAAGUGAGGUGACUCUCCGAAACAUUCUUCCUUCUGACAGCUGUAUGGUGUCCAGGAGAAAAGGAAAAAAGAAAAAAAAAAAAAGCUGUUUCAGGUCAUGCACUCAAAAUACUGUCCUUAUAUCUAUUUGCUUUAACUUCAUAUCCUGCAGACAGUGUGUAUAAAGACUUGAAAGAAGAUAUGAAAUUGGAAGGUUUCCCACAUUGCUCUGUAGUUUCUACCUGCUCGUCUGUCAUAUCAGGUUAUCAGCAUUUUGAAACUGGAAAAUCUUACUUCUGAAACGUAAAGAGUAUUUUGUUUUACUUACAACUGAGAAGUCUGAACUGUUACAUUGGUCAUCAUUAGCUUGACCGAUCACUAGUUAACUGAAGUUGAACAAUGUAAGCAUCUGAAAAUGUUAGGUUUGCUGAUUAAGUAAGCUAUGUCUGAUGAUGUGCUCUUAUUUUGCACUGAACGUAGAAUAUAGACUGAGAUGAAAAUCUGUCAUCAAUCAAAUCUGUAUCCAUGAGAUAUAGUUUUGUCUGAAACUCCUACUGAAUUUGUUUUUAACAGUACACUUGGAGCCACUGCAAAGCUUUAUUUCGUUGGACCUCUUUGUUAAUGAGCUAAUUGUCUUGUUUAGCUAAUCAGAAAUGAAGCUAUAGUAGCAUCCAAGUGGGAGGUUUCCUUAAGAUAUAUAUUUUUUUUCUGAAAGGAAGAGUAUCUGUGAUGACAAAAAAAAGCAAAACAAAACAGUGGACCCUGGAUUUGUUUCUUAUCAAGCGUGAAUUCCUAUGGUGCUAUUCCGUGAACACUAAAAGCAGCAACAACAAAAACAACCAACGAGAAGUUUUAGACUUUUGAGCCAACAGCUUGCAAGAUCAUGAAUGUCUCACUAUGCCUGGCUGAAUCCAGAGAAGGAAGGCUUUGCUGCUCCGAGGGAGGGCAGGUUGCAAUGGCAGCACUAGUCCUGUGGAACAACUCCUACUAUUGCCUUAGAAUCCUCGCACACUAUCAGACAGAUCUUCCUGUGGAUACACCUCUAAUUUGAUAAAUAAGUCAAUGACUCGGACAUUUUAGCAUAUGCUAAUAGAAGGAUCUUCAAGCAAAAUCCCCAUCUGCAGAAUGAGAUCAUCUGCCUGUAAAUACACAGUGACUUGCUUUUGAUGUAGAGAUAUGUUACGUUUAGAACUGAGGUAUUCUAUGUGCUUUAGGCCGUACAUGGCUUUAGUCAUAAUGUAUAUGCUUUAUGUAAGUAUUGUAUGUAUGACUGCUUCAGGGGAGUGAGAGGUAUUGUAUGGAUGAACACUGAAUUGUUUCUUUAUGUGCCAAGUUCUAUCAGGACCCCAUUUGACUGUAGCAACUUUUCUUUAAAGGCUUCAUAGACAGAUAAUGGGACUUCUAGCUGGCAAGAACCAAGUUAAAAGUAUUAUGUUUCACUCUACAAGAAAUACUAUUUUGAUAUCCUUUCUUGUAAGUUGCUACUCAGAUUAGCUUAGUUUCUGUUACCUUAUUAUGAACAUACAUUGGCACUAAUAAAUCUGAUCUUUUUUUAUAAAAAUAAAAACCAAACGUCUGUAUAGUUGUCUUUGACUGCUUUAACACCUGUAUUCUGUUUACAUCUUACCAUUUUCUUUUCCAGACAGCUUAUGUUUAUGAAACUUAAAGCUGAAUGAUUUCUGUGUUUUUAUAAUGCUGAUCCGCUGGCCUUUUGUUUGGCUCACAUUACAGGUAUUUGCACAUGAAGUACAUUUUUUUCAAGGUCUUUUAUUACAAAAUCCAGUUAGGAAACUUACUGUGCAUAUAUAUAAGAAACGCUUUUUAUACAUAUAGACUACA